AUGGGUGGUCCAGCGGACGUCCAUCGGACGGACGCCGGACAGACGCCGGACGCGCCCCUCGCCGAAUGGUCAAGGAUCAUGGCAGUGGGAAUCGACGGCGGCCCCAUCCCAGAAGAUGACGCCCCAGAUAUGGAGGAGCUCAAGUAUGUGCCAGAGCACCUCCAUCACAAGUGGUUUGCCUUCAGCAAACGGCAGACGAGUGUGUUGGCACCACACCGGGAGUAUGAUCACUCCAUAGAUAUUGAGGCUGGUGCCAAGGUUCCCAACCUCCCGAUCUAUAACCUGUCCCGCCGAGAGCUGGAUAUACUCCGGGAAUACCUCGAGGCGGCACAGGAGAAGGGCUGGAUCCGCCCAAGCAAGUCGCCGGCGGGAGCCCCCAUCCUGUUCGUCCCCAAACCCGAUGGUACUAUGAGACUGUGCGUCGAUUACCAGGGAUUAAACAAGAUAACCAUCAAGAACCGGUAUCCUAUCCCACUGGUGAGCGAAAUGAUGGAUCGACUGUCGAAAGCGAAGGUCUUUACUAAGCUGGAUCUACGUGACGCCUAUCACAGGCUCCGGAUCAAGGAGGGCGAUGAGUGGAAGACCGCGUUCAAGACGCGAUACGGUCAUUUCGAAUACCUGGUCAUGCCGUUCGGGCUGGCCAACGCACCAGCCACGUUCCAAUCCUAUAUCCACCGAGCCCUGGGAGGCUUACUGGAUAGGAUCUGCGUGGUGUACCUGGACGACAUCCUUAUCUAUUCCCAGAACAAGGAGGACCACGACAAGCACGUCGAGGAGGUCCUAGAUUGUCUGGUUGAGUGGGGGAUGUUCGCGAAGGCAAGCAAAUGCGUCUUCUCCAGUAAAUCAGUGGAGUUUCUGGGAUUUGUUAUCACCCCAGACGGUGUGGUAAUGGACCCUGAGAGGGUCCGUACCAUCACUGAAUGGCCUGAACCAUCCAGUUAUAAGGAUAUUCAAGUGUUCUUAGGCUUUGCCAACUUUUAUCGGCGAUUUAUAUUCAACUAUUCAGGAAUCGUCCGGCCGCUCAUCGACCAUAUGACGGCCGCCCAGCGCCCGGAGGAGGACCGGGGGGUCCCCGGUCAAGAAGAGGGGGGGGCGAAACCGAAGAAGAGUUGGAAGGGACUAACAAAAUGGUAUAAACCAUGGCACUGGCCAGAGGAAGCUCGCACGGCGUUCCUCACGAUCAGGGAGAAGUUCACAGGGGCCCCAGUGCUUCAGCACUUUGACCCGAACAAGCCUAUCAUCGUCCUUACCGACGCGUCAGAUUUCGCCAUAGCAGCCAUCCUGUUGCAACCCCAAACGUCCGACCUGGCCACAGAGCUUCACUGGAAGCCUGUGGCGUAUUGGAGCCGGAAGUUCACGGGCCCAUCCAUCAGAUGGCACACCCACGAUAAAGAACUGUCCGCGAUCGUCGAAGCCUUUAGGCAAUGGAGACACUAUCUCGAACACGCCCCGGCAACGAUCAGAGUACUCUCAGAUCACAACAACCUGAGGUACUUCAUAACAACGAAGGAGCUCUCUCCUAAACAAGCCUGA